GUUGGCAACUGCACUGUCCUUCUUCUACAUUUUUUCGUUUUGUAACGAUCGGAUGCUGCGUCAACUCAGCGGGUCGUGUGAGGCGACCACGCGGACGACCGUUGGUUCAGCGCUCGGCGCCUCACAAUUCUUGCGGCGACCGGCGUUCUCCUCGACCCGCCUCCCGCCACUGACCUCCCCGAUCGCAGAAACACCGAUGAAGCCCACGAUCCCGUCAUCGUCGCCGCUUCCAGUGUACAUCUACCCACUCCUCGUGCCCGCGGCCGGCUUGGUCACGAUGGCCAUGACGAUUGGGUACAGCUGCACGCAUCAGUUCACGUGUUCGAACGUAUAUCCGACGCUGUCCACGGCGGCCAAGUACCAUCCGCAGUUCUCCAUCUUCGCCGUGGGGAUGAACGUCACGUCGUACAUGAUCUUCCUCACCGUGUCGCUGUAUUCGACGUUCCUCCUUCGCACCGUUCCCACGUCGACGUCCUGGCAACGACCGCUGGCAUGGGCGUACUACGGGUUUGGACUGCUCACGUGCAUUGGUCUCAGCACGUUGGCGACGUUUGACCUGAAGCGAUGGGAACACAUCCACAUCGCGGCGACCGUCGCGUUCUUUGUGAGCUCUUGGAUCAUGAUGUUUCUCGCGCAAACAUCGCGAUGGAUGGUGCACUACCGCCAGCCGCAUGUCGUGCGGCCCCACCACCGGCGUGCGUUGAUGUGGGGAAACGUCUGGCUCGGCGCCGGCAUCGCUCUCUCGGUCGGAUGUACGUACCUACCCCGGACCCCAAAAGUAGUUGUCACGUCUCACUUUCGCGUGUACAUAGUUGGGUUUUGCUACCUCUCGGUGCACGACCAUAUUGACAACGUGUUCCACGUAACGUACCUCAUGGAGGCAAUGUGCGAACUGUUUUCGAUCUGCUGCCAGCUUCUCUUCAUGGGCACAUUGUCGGCCGAAGUCGGCGACCUCGAACGCAUCAACGGGUACUUCAACUCGGUCGACGCGGCAGUCCUUGGUUCAGUCCUGCUCUCUGUGUUGGCGGUCGAAUGUGCCUGACCACCUACGGUUCCGCCACUACUCUCAACUAACUACUUAUACAAAAUAGACAAACCCUGUCGCAUGUGAUGAUUCACGACACACCCUCAA